GUUUCACUACCGUACUAAUUUUUAGGCAAUACAACGUAUGUCCUUGAUCACACCGCAAACGAGAACUCGAGAGCCGUUUACGAAAGUUUAGUCUUUGGAAAUCGUGCAGCACAGACCGAGCGGGUCAUGGAUGCUUUAUUUCCACAAGACAGCUUGCGGCUCUUCCACCGAGUUUCGUUGGAGAUGGCUUUCGCAGACAAUUUUCUGGCUAACCAACACGGAGGCACACAACCAGUUAGAGAGAUCAUCAAACUUGACGACGAUGAUACUGAAAUGGAUGAAGGAGCUCAAGGAAAUGCGACACCUGUUGAAGGUGUAACCGGGCUUGGUAAUGAAGGCGUUGGACCUGUUGGUCAAGGAAAUGCGACCCCUGGUGUAACCGGGCUUGGUACCGAAGUCGUUGGACCUGUUGGUCAAGGGGAUGCGCCACCAAUAUUAUGGGAUGUUGGUAUGGACAAGCCGGCAAUGGGAGAACAUCGAAGGGCGCAACGAGCGCUCGGUCGCUACGUAGCGACUGAGCGUCUGUUUCGCUCGGUCGCUACGUAGAGACCGAGCACUAGUUCCGCUCGGUCGUUAUGUAGCGACCGGGUUCGAGCCAAAGUUUGGUCGCUGCAUAGCGACCGAGC